GGUUUCAAACAUUCAUCAACACCAUUUUCAUAUUUUCUUAAUUUCUUCACUUCAAUUCCACUUUUCCCAUCUGGGUUUUACUCCAAAUUCAAAAUCAUCAUCUGGGUUUCUUUAAUUUCCCCCAAAUUCCAUUUCCCAAUUGCAAAAAUCCCAAAUUUCUUGAAUCUUUAAGCUCAAUUGGGUUGAAAUCUUUAUCCAAAAAGCUUCAACCUUUGGGCUUUUUUUCUUGAAAUUUUUAUUGAAUUUUUGUGGGUUCGUUGUAGUUGAUGCGAUAGCAAUAUGAGAACAGAUUUUCACGGUUCAUCUUCACCCAAUUUUACUAAUUUUGGGCGGUCAAUCUUGAGUAUGAAGCGUGAUCAAGUGGGUCAUUCAGUAGAUCAAGAAACUCAAUAUCAAGAUUCUGAAAUUGAAGCUUUUCAAAGACAGGUAGCUCAGAGGUUUCAUGAGUUAUCUUUAGUUGAUUCACAUGAACUUUUGUCUGUUUCAUGGAUUUCAAAGCUUCUAGAUGUUUUCCUAUGUUGUCAAGAGGAGUUCAAAGCGAUAUUGUUUAACCACCAAUCUGCGUUGACCAAACACCCAAUGGAUAAACUUGUGUUUGACUAUUUUGAAAGAAGUGUGAAGGGGUUAGAUGUUUGUAACGCCAUUAGAGAUGGGAUUGAGCAGGUUAGACAAUGGCAGAGGCAGUUGGAGAUUGUGUUAUGUGCUUUGGAUAAUCAGAAAAGUCUUGGAGAAGGUCAAAUUCGACGUGCGAAAAAGGCGUUGGUCGAUUUGGCGAUCGGGAUGCUUGAUGAGAAGGAAUCAAGCACGAAUCUUGGUCAUAGAAACCGGUCGUUUGGGCGGUACCAAAAGGAUUCGCAUUCACAAAAACAUAACUUGAAGCAUUUUCGGUCAUUAUCUUGGAGUGUUUCGAGAUCUUGGUCGGCUUCGAAACAACUCCAAGCGAUUGGGAGCAACAUUGUCGUUCCCAAAGGUAGUGAGAUCAUUGCCACUAAUGGGCUUGCAGUGGCUGUUUACACAAUGAGUUGUGUGUUCUUGUUUGUGAUGUGGGCUUUAGUGGCUGCAAUCCCCUGUCAAGACCGCGGGUUACAAUCCCAUUUCAACAUCCCUAAAUCUUUCAUUUGGGGCGCCCCGAUUCUCUCGUUGCACGACAGGAUUUUGGAAGAGGCGAAGAAGAGGGAAAGGAGGAACACUAGUGGGCUUUUGAAGGAGAUUCAUGGGAUUGAGAAAGCAGCUCGAUUUAUGAACGAGUUGACCGAGUCAAUUCAGUUUCCGAUAGAUGAACAUAAGGAAGAAGAGGUUAGAAAAAGAGUUGAGGAGUUGAGGAUUGUUUAUGGAGGCUUAAAGGAUGGUUUAGAUCCAUUGGAGAAGCAAGUGAGGGAAGUAUUUCAUCGAAUUGUCAAGAGUAGAACCGCAGGGCUCGAUUCUAUUGGUAAAGGAAGUGAAUGAUUAAUGGUUUGAGCUCUUCUAUCCAUUCCUAUUAUCUUCUUGUUGCAAAUAGAUCAUCUUUUUUUAUAUAUAAUUUUGUUGUAUUUUAAUCAAGAAUGAAUGAUCUUGAACGAGUCUUGGAGGUGUAAAUGAUAUAAGCCAGCAUAUAUUAGGAACUUUUUUUUUGUGUUUUUAUAGAAAGGAUGAUAUGUUUUUGGUGAAAAGCAAAAUCUGAUAGUUUGGAAAGCUUAUGACUUUAAA